CGCUGCAGCAGCGCCGCCGCCGGUCGCUUCGGUGGUGACACUUGUUACCUUUGACUUUAAACCGUGCGUGUCAACGCUAGCUCGGCUCGGACCCGUGUGGGCUGGGUUAGGCCGGUGCUUUACCUUUUCUUGGUGGCUUGAACGGGAAAUAUAAUGGCGGCCGCGGAUCCCCGGUCCUCGAGUGACGGUGGGGCGGCCAGCAGAGGAGGAUUCCCGGACGCGGAGAGCAGGAACGACCGCGACGGGCCGGGCGGCGGCGGCAGCGGAGGCGGCGGCGGCGGGGAAGGAGAACGGGAGCGGGACCGGGACCGGGCCACCUUCGAGUGCAACAUUUGUUUGGACACUGCCAGGGACGCUGUCAUCAGUAUGUGCGGCCACUUGUUCUGCUGGCCCUGCCUUCAUCAAUGGUUGGAGACGCGGCCCAGCAGGCAGCAGUGUCCCGUCUGUAAAGCAGGCAUCAGCAGAGAGAAAGUCAUCCCACUGUACGGCAGAGGGAGCUCCAGCCAGGAGGACCCCAGGUUAAAAACUCCACCUCGGCCUCAGGGGCAGAGGACCGAGCCAGAGAGCAGAGGCGGGAUGUUCCAGGGUUUUGGAGACACCGGCUUUCACAUGUCUUUUGGCAUCGGCGCUUUCCCCUUUGGCUUCUUCACAACAGUCUUCAACACCAACGACCAUUUCCACAGAGCAGAUCAGUACGCAGGUGAUCACCAAGGCAACGGGAACCUCAACAACGGCAAUAACAACUGGCAAGAUUCCCUUUUCCUGUUUGUGGCCAUUUUCUUCUUCUUCUGGCUGCUGAGUGUGUGAUGGAGGAGGGAUGAGUGAAUGAGUGAGUGAGUGAAUGAAUGGAUGAAGAGACAGACGAGUGGAUCAGCAGGAGUGCAGACACACACACACACACACACACACACACACACAUAGAUUUUCUAGCAGUGUUUGAUCCUCUCAACAGGAACAAGAGUUAUCUGCUUCUCUUCCUCCUGGAAAAUUCUGGUUUAGGAUACCUGACACAGACACACACACACACACACAGACAGACAGUAUUAUGUGAUCUGAUUCUUUUUUUAGUGUGUGUGAAGCACUGCAGAAGAGACGUGUUUGUGUGUGUGUGUUUUGGUUGACCUCCCUCCUCUGAGUCGGCAGUUUUGUUCCUUAAACAUCAAGAGGAAGAUGUCGCUAUAGCAACCAUUUCUGGCCAAAGAGUCGUGGAGCGGUCGUGUAUCAUGUAACGUGCUAGGAUUCUUAAAAACUGAGUGAUAAAGGUAACAAACAUAGCACAGAUGGAUGCAUUUUCAUGUUCUUUUGUCUUAACAGAACCUGCCAUUGCACUGUGACGUCAUUCGUAGGUGGCGCUGUGCGUAACGUUCAAGAGAAACAAACAUGUUGCUCCUUUUAUUCACAACAAAAAUGGAGAUUAAGGAGAAUAUUUUUGGGAGCAAUGUGAGAGUAAAAGAAAAACAAUAGACCUCUCUCUCACACACACAGACAGUUUGACAGUUGUCUGUCCAGUCACAGCAGGGAGACACUAGCUAUGUUUACAUGAGCAAAAUUCCAACUCUGUUGUUUACAUGGACACAAAAUGAAAUGAUCACAUUGUGGUGUGUGUGUGUGUGUGUGCACAUGCAUCAAGAGUUCAGUCAGAACAGACUAUUGUGACACGUGCAGUGUUUGUAAUUAUUAAAAGAAGCUUCACUUCUGCAGUAAACCAACACUGCACGUGUCUGCUCGUCCCCUCACUGUCCACCAGAGACACCACACCGCCAUGCAAUAUUCUCAUCAUAUUUCAACAAUACUGAGUAUCGUGUAUUACUACUAUACUAUACUCAGUGAGAGUGAGCACUUGGCACCAUCUAGUGGACGGAAAUAUCUAUUGAUUUUUUUUUUUAUGCCAAUCCACAAAGAAGUUUGACGUUUCAAGUAAAAUUAAAGUCAUUUAUCACUUUAUACUAAAAAUAAAGUGAUACUUGUUGUCUCAAAGGCGAUAUUUGACGUUAACGUGGAUCAGACACGUGAUGUCAUGAACACAGUCAGCAUCUCCCGGUCCUCUCGUCGAUCAGAGUUUGACGUGUUUACGUGACACGUCACCUGUGUCCAUGUAACCAUAGCUACUGAGUUAAAGUCAGUGCAGUGUAACAAGUGUUAAAUAACCUGAGCUCCAGUGUGAUUCUCAAAUCUUUCUGUCACAGUCGACUAAUUUCUUUUCCUCACUCUUCGUGUCCGAGUGUGUGUACAUUAUAUAUUUGUAUAUAUGAAUAUUGUAAAUGCUGUUUUUACAUGUUUGACUGGACGAGCAGCCGUAGAGACGUACGAGUUAGCCUCAUGAUGCUUUUGUAAAGCAACAAAAUCUUUGGUUCUUGGUUUCAAUAACUUUUUUUUCCCACUCCAAGUUAUUAACUGCUCUCUCAAUAAGUGAAAUAAAUGUCACCAUAGUGAAAA